AUGGGCAAACCUAAAUCUGCUCCCUUCGGUGGGCAACAAAAGUCAGUAAACUCUUUCAUCGCACAUUUCGAUAAAUUUUUCAUAAUCAAACGUAAAUCUACAAAUGAUGAAACAUUUCACAAUGUGUCACCAUUCCUUGUUGAAAAGGCCAUUUCAGGAGCUCUUGGUUCAGUCACUUCAACACGUAAACUUCGUUCUGGAGACUUGCUUGUGGAGGUCAAUUCCCGCAAGCAGGCUCAGCAGAUACUCAAAUUGACAUCUCUUUCAACAAUUGCUGUCAGUGUUAGUCCUCACACAACACUAAAUACCUCAAAGGGUGUUAUAACAUGCGGCGAAUUAUUUAACGAUACAUUAGAAAAAAUCACUCAUGAAUUGAAGCCCGAAGGAGUGACACAUGUGCGCCGUAUAUCUAUUCGGCGAGAUGGGCAACUUCUUCCGACUAAACAUUUUAUCCUCACUUUUAACAGACCUAAAUUGCCAGAACGCGUCAAAGUCGGCUAUAUGAAAUUGGCCGUAAGACCAUACAUUCCAAAUCCUCUCCGCUGUUUCCAGUGUCAACGAUUUGGACACUCGAAAUCUAACUGCCGCGGGACACUCACUUGCGCCCGCUGUGCAGAGAAAGGUCACGAUAGCCAGCAAUGCUCCGCUGAAGAAAAAUGCGUGAACUGCAAGGGCAAUCAUUCAUCCUUUUCUCGAUCUUGCGAACGAUGGAUAUUGGAGAAACAAAUCGUCUCUGUGAAAUUUAAAGAGGAUAUACCAUACCCUGAGGCUAGACGUAAAGUCAUUGCUCAGACACCCACACCUGGAUUAACCUAUGCUUCAGCUGCAAAAAAACAAUUUUGCAUAAAUUGUUCCUGUACCAAUUGUGCAAAGAAUUCUGGUCAGACCAAACUCCCCGAAAACCCAUCCGACUCUGAUACUGAGAAUUCAAUAACAAAUGUCGAAGAAUCUGGAAAAAAAGAUACAUCCAGACCUAAAUCAAAAGCUAACAAUUCUCUGAAACUGAGGCUUUCCAAACGUGGCCUUUCUGAAAAAGAUAUACCACCAGUUUUAAAAAAAUCAUCUUUGAAUAGCUCUGUCGCUCUGGGACUUGCGAGUCAGGGCAUUGUCCAUAAGGAUUUGUCAUCCAUUUUUGGUGGCAGGCCCAAAAGUCCCGACCUCAUUGCAUUGCAUCCAUCAGAAGAAGAGGAUGAAGAUGUGAAAAUGAGUUGUGAUUUAUCAUCAACUCAACCUAACGUUCCUACAACUUCUCAAGCGGCAAACUUUUCUUAA